CCAUUACCCACAUGUCCAUCUGCGAACGGGGAGGCUUUUCUGCAUGGCGGGAUUUUGCUGUUUUAGCAUUGUGAAGGCGUGUGGAAUAUAAAGACUGCAUGCAGAAACGUGGAUUCUGUGCGUGCAUGUGUGUGUCUCGAAGCGCAAAUUGCAUCAAUAGUGUAAUACAUAGAGCUGGAUCUCUAAGCGAUUGAGUUCUCCUCUUUAAUGGAAGGACUAUAUCACGAUAUUUCAAGAAUUUCCUAUUACUCAGAAUAUGACAGACACCUAGCGUACAGUAAAGGCAUGGCGACGGCGUACCUGGAGCCCAGCCUGAGCCACGGCGGGGGGGUCAAAUCUCGGCUCAGUGGGGGAACAGAGCGCUCCGCCCCGUGUCCCGACCGUGUCCUCAAGGUCAUCCACCACUUUGAGAGCAAGAGUGAGCACAGCGAGCACAGCACAUGGUGCAGCAACAUCCGUCACGGAGAUGCCACCGAUGUCCGGGGAAUCAUACAGAAGAUCGUGGACAUCCAUAAAGUGAAAUGUGUGGCAUGUUUCGGCCUUCGCCUCAGCCAUGUCCAAUCAGGAGAGGUCCACUGGCUCCACCCCGACAUGGGCGUAUCCCACGUGAGGGAGAAAUACGAGCAGAACCGAUCACAGGACGAGUGGAGGUACGAGCUGCGGAUCCGCUACCUGACAAAGGGCUUCCUGAUUCAGUUUAGUGAAGACAAACCAACGCUGAAUUUCUUCUACCAGCAGGUGAAGAAUGAUUACAUGUUAGAAAUAGCCGAUCAGGUUGACCAGGACAUUGCGCUCAAGCUGGGAUGCCUCGAGAUCAGGAGAUUUUACAAAGAAAUGAGAGGAAAUGCUUUGGACAAGAAGUCCAACUACGAGCUGUUAGAAAAAGAUGUCGGUCUCCGGCGGUUCUUCCCCAAGAGUCUACUAGAUUCAGUAAAGGCUAAAACAUUGCGGAAGCAGAUUCAGCAGACGUUUAAGCAGUUCGCCAGCCUGAACGAUGAACAGAGCAUUCUCAAGUUCUUUGAGAUCCUUGCUCCAGUCUACAGAUUUGACAAGGAGUGCUUUAAAUGUGCUCUGGGGUCGAGCUGGGUUAUCUCAGUGGAGCUGGCUAUUGGUCCUGAGGAAGGUAUCAGCUACCUGACCGAUAAAGGCUCAACACCGACACACUUGGCGAACUUCACACAGGUGCAGAGCAUCCAGUACUCGUGCAUGGAGGAGCGUGAGAGGAAGGGCAUGCUGCAGCUGGAUGUGGCUGGGGCUGCUGAGCCUCUCACUGUCACUACGCCGUCCUUCACCACGGCAGAGAACAUGGCCGACCUGAUAGACGGUUACUGUCGCCUGGUCAACGGCGUCACCCAGUCCUUCAUCGUCAGGCCUCAGAAAGAGGGAGAGAGAGCACUUCCAUCUAUCCCAAAGCUUGGAAACAGUGAGAAGCGGUUAGAAGCCGUUCGAGCUGGAGUCCGUACCAUCUCUGUAUCAGACUCUGUGACUCCAACACCACCCAAAGCAGCUAAAGCUCGUCGCUUUCUCCUUCCUUUUGUCUUCUGCUCCCAUGAUUCUCCACCGAAGGAAGAUAUUAGUGGGGAUGAAACAGACGACUAUGCAGAGAUCAUAGACGAGGAGGAUACAUACACAAUGCCUUCCACCAGCUCUCUCACUUUUCUCCCUACCGUAACCCCCCCAGCCGAGUGGUAUGGAGUAGACAAAGCCAGGGAUUAUGAGAUCCAACGUGAGCGCAUCGAGCUGGGCCUCUGCAUAGGAGAAGGGCAGUUUGGAGACGUGCACCAAGGGAUCUAUGCCAGCCCAGAGAACCCUUCUCUGUCUGUGGCCAUUAAAACAUGCAAGAACUGCACCUCGGAUAGCGUGCGGGAGAAAUUCCUGCAGGAAGCUUUGACAAUGCGGCAGUUUGACCAUCCUCACAUCGUCAAGCUGAUCGGUGUAAUCACGGAGAACCCAGUCUGGAUCAUUAUGGAACUCUGCACUCUUGGCGAGUUGCGGUCAUUCUUACAAGUAAGGAAAUACAACCUGGAUCUGGCAGCACUGAUUUUGUAUGCCCACCAGCUGAGCACAGCUUUGGCUUACCUGGAAAGCAAGAGAUUCGUGCAUAGGGACAUUGCUGCCAGGAAUGUGUUAGUGUCUUCCGCAGACUGUGUGAAACUUGGAGACUUUGGACUCUCCAGGUACAUGGAGGACAGCUCCUAUUAUAAAGCCUCCAAAGGGAAACUGCCAAUCAAAUGGAUGGCACCAGAAUCCAUAAACUUCCGCCGCUUUACCUCAGCCAGUGAUGUGUGGAUGUUUGGCGUGUGUAUGUGGGAGAUACUGAUGUAUGGCAUCAAGCCUUUCCAAGGUGUAAAGAACAACGAUGUGAUCGGGCGAAUAGAGAACGGCGAGCGCCUGGCCAUGCCCCCCAACUGCCCACCCACCCUUUACAGCCUGAUGACAAAAUGCUGGGCAUACGACCCGGGCAAGAGGCCACGCUUCACCGAACUCAAGACCCAGCUCAACACCAUUCUGGAGGAGGAGAAAGCUCAGCAAGAGGAACGCAUGCGUAUGGAAAUGAGGCGUCAAGUCACAGUGGCCUGGGACUCUGGUGGAUCAGAUGAUGCUCCUCCCAAACCCAGCCGACCAGGUUAUCCCAGUCCUCGGUCCAGUGAAGGUUUUGUCCCGAGUCCACAGCACGCAGGCCAGCACAAUCAUUACCAGGGACCGGGUUACCCUUCAUCUCAUGGCAUGCCUCCAAUGCCUAGUGGAGGAUACCCUGCCCAGGCCUCUGUUCUGGAGCCACAUGAGGCCUGGAACCACCACAGACAAGACGUACCUGUGUGGUCUCCUAAUAUGGAGGAUGGAGGUGCUCUGGACAUGCGUGCACUGGGUCAGGGACUCCCACCUCACCUGAUGGAGGAGAGACUGAUGAUGCAGCAGCAGCAGAUGGAGGAGGAUCAACGCUGGCUGGAGCAGGAGGAAAGCUUCCUGAAGCCGGAGUCGAGGAAUUCACGGGGCAGUAUUGACCGAGAAGACGGUGCUCUCCAGGGGCUGAUGGGUAACCAGCAUGUAUAUCAACCUGUGGGCAAAGCAGAUCCCGGAGCUCCACCUAAGAAACCUCCCCGUCCAGGAGCUCCAAGUCACCUGAGCAGCACAGCCAGCAUCAGCCCGGUGGACAGCUAUAACGAGGGCGUCAAGCCCUGGAGGAUCCAGCCUCAGGAGAUUAGUCCACCACCCACAGCCAACCUCGACCGCUCCAAUGAUAAGGUCUACGAGAAUGUGACUGGACUGGUGAAGGCAGUGAUUGAGAUGUCCAGUAAAAUCCAACCUGCGUCCCCUGAAGAAUAUGUGCCCAUGGUGAAGGAUGUCGGACUGGCUCUGAGAAUGCUUCUAGCGACUGUGGACGAGACCAUCCCAAUUUUACCACCUAGCACACACAGAGAGAUUGAGAUGGCUCAGAAGCUGUUGAACUCGGACCUGGCUGAGCUGAUUAAUAAGAUGAAGCUGGCGCAGCAGUACAUGCUCACCAGCCUGCAGCAGGACUACAAGAAACAGAUGCUCACAGCUGCACACGCGCUGGCAGUCGACGCCAAGAACCUGCUGGACGUAAUUGACCAAGCAAGGCUGAAGAUGAUCGCUCAGUCAAGGCCCUACUAGUCCUUUUCCUCUGGAACGUAAAGUUCAGGAGAGACAGAUCCUAUAAUAGCACAGGAGAGAGACGAGCGGACACGAUGUCCGAUGCUGGGACAGUACAGUGAUGUCAUAUACUGAAUCACAACACAGCACAAGUGGCUCUUCAGAUGGAACACACCUCAUACGCCUGACGUCUCACCACAAGAUUAUGAAAUAAGUCUUUUGUAUAGAGACCUAAAUACACAUGUUCUAUGGACUUGAAGAUACAAUGCUAAUCAAGUUUUUAUUGUCUUGUUUGUGCUGGCUGUUUUCUUUCUUUUCUUUUUUUUUUUCUUUUUUAAAUAAGUUUAGAGAUAAACUCCAGCAACGGACACUUUUAUCUGAGAAAACACCGCAACUGGAAUCCACAUGGAAAUCAGAGCUAACGCAGAGUCUGGAACAGCCUGAGCUUACCCAAAGGUGUUCUGCAGACACUUACACACUUCCUCUUUUGAACUGUUCUACAGCAAGAUCCUGUCAUUAUUCUGAUACACACACACAUUUGUUCUUUUUAUCCUCUGACUUCCACUCAGGGGGCACCUUGAGACACGACAUAACACAUCAUGCUGUUCAACGUCAUAUUCUGCACAAGAAUGCAUAUAUUUUUUAAAGAAUUAUCUAUGAAAUUAAGAUAAAAAAUAGUGUAUCUAAUACUGGGGUAUUAAUGGUUAUAAAAUGUCAUCAGGGACUGAAAACAAAUUCAAUUCAUUAAACACCACCUAUUCAUAUCAGACAGUAAAGCACAGUUUUAAUAGGUUUUUCUUACUCAUCGCUUCCUCAAAGUAAAGCUGGUUAAUGUAAACAUAGUCCACAUUUACCACAAAUCGCUACGUAUUUUCCCAGGCUGACAAAGUCAGUCAUGUCACCCCUGUGUAUAGUACAAUCUAUAAAUGAACCCACUUUGUCACUCUGAUAAAUUAUUCUCAGGAAGAAAACUGACUGUACAGAACCUUUAACUAAUAAAAUGUGUUACUCUUGUA